CUACAAAUCGAGCCCGGAAGUGGCCUAGCAUUUUUAGAAACAUGGCUGUUCAGAGCUGGACUGAUAUCCUAAAGUCAUGCAAGAAAACGGCGUUGAUGCACGACGGAAAAAGGAAAAUCCACUACCUCUUUACAGAUGGAAAAGAAAUGGCAGAAGAGUAUGACUUGAAAACAGAUGAGCUCAUUGUACGAAAGUGGCGCCAUAAAAGCACCCUUGGAGCACCGGGCCAGUGGCAGGUAGAGGUUGGGGAGCCACUUUUAAGCCCUGUUGCAUCUUUGGAAUCUGAUGUAAUCAAGGAGAACUGCUCUAACCCUGUGUUCAUGCGCAAAGACACAAAGACCAGCUUUCAGUGGAGAAUCCGCAACCUUUCCUACCCCAAAGAUGUCUUCAGUGUUUUAGUGGAGCCGUCUGAAAGAUGCAUCAUCAUAAAAACCUCAAACAAAAAGUAUUAUAAGAAGUUCAGUGUUCCUGAUCUCGAUCGAAGUCAGCUGCCAUUGGACAGCUCUGCACUCAGCUUCACUCAUGCCAACAACACUUUAAUUGUCAACUACAAGAAGCCCAAAGAGGUCUUAACCCAUGAGCAGGAGCUACUGAAGGAGCUGAAGAAACUAAAGGGGACCGCCGAAGGGGAUGUUGACUGCAAAACUCAGUGAAUUCUGACUGUGAGCGAGGAAAUAAUUCCGCAUUGCAUUUAAGCCACAUGUGAGCUCUCGUUUAUCUUUCUAUACUAAAUCCCUUCAUUAAGAUUCUCUGUGCUUUGUCACUAUCCUAAUGGUUCUGAUUCUUUUAAGUAAUCUGGGCAUAUUUCCAUGAGUUAUUAUUAUUGAACAAUGUCCAUCAAUUUAUAUUUAAGGCAGAUAUAUUCAUAGCCUUUUGCAAAAGAUUUAUUAACUUUGUUUUUGAACCAAGAAUGUUUUCCCCAAAUUAUUCCUUUGACAGUGAAAUCAUUUUUAAAUUGCACCACAACAGUUUAUGUUUUUGCUUCUUUUAAACAAACCUACCAUGGACUAAUUUUGAUGGGGGUCACAGAACCUACCACCUUCCUUUCACUGAUGUCCUUGUUAAACACUCAAAACACACAAUGCUUCAUCCCUGUUCAUUCCAAGGUCACAGUUACGAGGACAUCUCAUUUGUGUUAAAUGAAUACCCUCAUGUUCCUUGCAUGUAGUGGGCCACCCUGAAAGCCAUUACUGAAACUAGUGUUACCGUUUCCCAUUACAACAGAGGGCCACUCUGACUUACUGGUCCCCAGCUAAAACGCUAUGUAGAUACGAGGUUAGAACUAGAUGUUGCAGAGUUUUGUUUCAAAAUGACUUUGAUCAACAGGAAGGACUAUAAAAGUUGAUAUUUUGCAUCUGACAUAUGAAAUUCCUUGUGCAUUUACUGUAUAGUAUGUAAGAGAGAAAUAAUUAAAGUUUGAUAUUUGUCUACUUUUUUUUAAUAAGUUCAUUAAAAAAAAAAAA